AUGAGGCCUACCCAGCUCUUUCUCUCCGUCGUCCUCUUUGCGAUUGCUCUGAAAUCAACACGAGCAGUCCGGGAAAUUGAAUGCGAGGUCUUUGAUCACACCUACGGGACUCCGGACACCCGGUUCGGGAGAGAGGUCGGGACAGAGUACGGUGCGGACGCUUUGCUAGCUGCCGCCGAAUCCUUCGCCAUCGCAACCACCAACGGAAGCCAGAUCCUUGUGAAUGCGGACUACCUCCAGACGUUUCCCGGCAACUCGACAGACGAGUUCACGGGGAUCGUAUACUUCACGAGUGGCCUAGUCUGGGAACGGACAGGGAAUGGCAGCGCCCCAGCGGGCCUUAUAACCGGGAUCGCUGACUACAUGAGGCUAACUUCUGGAUGGGAAUACAAGGGUUGGCCUAGACGAGGGUCGGGGUUGAGAUGGGAUGAGGGGUAA